AAAUCAAUUUGAAGAAAAAGAAAAUUCUCUUGUUUCUUAUUUUGAUGGAGACGAACACACUCUAGAGUCACACACUCUACAUCUUCAAACUGAGUGCAAGUAGUGGAGUAUUUCUGGAAGGCGAAAAUGUCGGGGAAAGAGAGUGAAACAGCCAUAUUAUUCGUGGGAAUAUCUCUGUUGUUAGGAAUCGCGUCACGUCAAUUACUUAAAGGAACCAGGGUUCCGUACACCGUUGCGCUUCUUAUUAUUGGGAUCGCUCUCGGCUCCAUUGAAUAUGGUACACAUCAUCAUUUGGGAAAGAUUGGAGAUGGCAUCCGACUUUGGGCAAAUAUUGAUCCUGACCUUCUGCUAGCUGUUUUUCUACCUGGUCUUCUUUUCGAGAGUUCAUUUUCGAUGGAGGUGCACCAAAUAAAGAAAUGUAUGGCACAAAUGCUUCUACUUGCUGGGCCUGGUGUAAUAUUGUCAACCUUCCUCCUUGGAGCUGCCCUAAAGCUAAUAUUUCCCUAUAACUGGAGUUGGACGACCUCAUUGUUGCUUGGAGCACUACUAGGUGCUACUGAUCCUGUUGCUGUUGUGGCCCAUUUAAAGGAGCUUGGUGCAAGUAAAAAACUGAGUACUAUAAUUGAAGGAGAAUCAGUGAUGAAUGACGGAAUUGCAAUUGUGAUCUUCCAACUAUUUUUUCGAAUGGCCACGGGAUCAGGCAUGAAGUGGGCUGCUCUUGUAAAAUUUUUGGCACAAGUUUCUCUUGGAGCUGUAGGCAUCGGUAUUGCAUUUGGGUUGGCAUCUGUUUUGUGGCUUAAAUUUGUAUUCAAUGACACGGUGAUAGAGAUUACACUAACACUUGCUAUGAGCUACAUUGCUUACUUCACUGCUCAAGAGUGGCUUGAUGUUUCUGGUGUCUUGACAGUUAUGACGUUGGGAAUGUUCUAUGCUGCAGUCGCUAGGACCGCAUUUACGGGUGAUGGUCAACAAAGCUUGCAUCAUUUUUGGGAAAUGGUUGCUUAUAUUGCCAAUACAUUGAUUUUCAUUUUAAGUGGGGUUGUUAUAGCUGAAAGUGUUCUCGGAAACACCACUACCUUUAAAAGCCAUGAAUAUUCUUGGGGCUACCUCAUUCUCCUCUAUGUUUUUGUUCAAAUCUCACGAAUUGCGAUGGUUGCUGUAUUGUAUCCUUGUUUAAGAUAUUUUGGUUAUGGUUUGGAUUGGAGAGAAGCUACUGUCCUUGUAUGGUCUGGUUUGAGAGGAGCUGUAUCACUUUCGCUUUCGCUGUCAGUUAAGCGUUCUAGCGACAGUUCAUCAUAUAUAAGCCCUGAGACGGGAAUUUUGUUUGUAUUUUUUACGGGAGGAAUCGUGUUUCUCACGCUCGUAUUGAAUGGAUCAACUACACAGUUUAUUUUACAAUUUCUGGAUCUGGACAAAUUGUCAGCAGCCAAGAGGAGAAUACUGAACUACACAAAAUAUGAAAUGAUGAACAAAGCUCUAGAGGUAUUUGGUGAUUUUGGUGAUGACGAGGAACUAGGACCUGCUGACUGGCCUACAGUUAAAAAAUAUAUUGCUAGUUUAUCUGAUGUGGAAGGAGAAAAAACCCAUCCUCAUACACAGUCCGACAGUGAUGACAAGUUAGAUGUUAUGAACCUAGAAGAUAUACGCAUAAGAUUCUUAAACGGUGUGCAAGCUGCUUAUUGGAAAAUGCUAGAGGAGGGAAGAAUUACACAAAAUAUAGCAAAUGUUGUGAUGCAAUCUGUUGAUGAAGCAUUGGACUUGGUAUAUCAAGCACCUCUAUCUGACUGGAAAUGUGUAAAGGCAAAUGUACAUUUUCCAAACUAUUACAAGUUUCUCCAGAUAAGGUUGUUCCCUCAGAAACUUGUUACAUAUUUCAUUGUUGAAAGAUUAGAAUCAGCAUGCUACAUUUGUUCUGCUUUUCUACGCGCCCACAGAAUUUCACGCCGGCAACUACAUGGAUUUAUUGGUGAUAGUGAAGUUGCAUCUACUGUUUUUGGUGAAAGUGAAACAGAAGGUGAGGAGGCGAAGCAGUUCCUGGAAGAUGUUCGUGUCGCAUUCCCUCAGGUUCUGCACGUCUUGAAAACAAGGCAGGUUACAUAUUCUGUAAUAAAGCAUCUAAGUGAUUACGUGCAAAAUCUUGAAAAGGUUGGGUUGUUAGAGAAAAAGGAAAUCAUUCAUCUUCAUGAUGCUGUACAGAUCGACCUGAAGAAGCUUUUAAGAAAUCCUCCUUUAGUGAAGAAUCCGAAAUCACAUGACCUUGUUAGUGUUAAUCCUCUCUUGGGUGCCCUUCCUCCUACAACACGUGAUGCACUUCUAGGGUCAACAAAGCUGACAAUGAAGAUACGUGGUUCAACACUAUACAAGGAGGGAUCCAUGCCAAAUGGCAUCUGGGUCAUUUUGAAUGGAGUAGUGGUGUGGGCAAGCAAGAGUAUAAGAAAUAAGCACUCAUUGCAUCCAACAUUCACACAUGGGAGUUCUCUGGGACUGUAUGAGGUGGUGAAUGGAAGGCCUUAUAUCUGUGAUAUGAUAACAGACUCCAUGGUACUCUGUUUCUUUAUUAAAGCAGAAAAAGUGCUGGCACUUCUCAGCUCAGAUCCGGCAAUAGAAGAUUUCUUCUGGAAGGAAAGUGCAACUGUUCUUUCUAAAAUUUUGCUUCCGCAAUUAUUCGAGAAAGUUCCAAUGCAAGAAGUUAGAGCUCUUGUUGCAGAGAAGUCAACAAUGAGUAGGUAUCCUGUGGAAGAAAGUAUUGAAGUACCUCACCAUUUCAUUGGCUUGUUGUUGGAAGGACAUAUAAAAGGACAAGGGAUUCAGGAGGAACUCAUAGAAUCACCAGCAGCACUGAUGCCUUUGUAUGGUGAUACGAACAAGCAGGAAUCAGACAUAUCAGUAGGCAUCGAGUCAGCCAGCUUUUUGCAUCGAGCAUCUUGUUAUCAAGUGGAGCCCGGGACAAGAGUUGUCAUGCUUAAUAUUGCUGCUUAUGAAGUCCACAGAUCCCUGGUUCCACAUACAAAAGAUCAUCUCACUAGAUUCAAAAGUAGUGACCAUGAAGGUCUUAUGAGUUGGCCUGACCAAUGUUACAAACCAACACAACCUCAUGAGCAUCCUAUUGCAGAGACCAAUGAACAUGCUAACAACCUAUCUGUCAGGGCAAUGCAGCUAAGCAUGUAUGGCAGUAUGAUUGAAGAUGAUGCCGGAACAAGUGCUCAAGAUUUCCCUGAAAAUAAGUAAAAGCCUUCUCACAACUCAUAUCCAAAAGUUCCAUCACCCUCAAGAAAAGCCUAUUGGUUAUGUCGAGUCAGAAGGGGCUACUAGGUGGGAGAAGCACCGAAUUAUAAAUCUGCAACUCCGAGUUUCUGACUUCCUUCACCGAACAAACUUCUGGAACAAGACUACGCAAGUGUGAAUCUGGUGCUAAGGAUGAAGGUACCAAGUAUUAGUUCACCAAGUACAUUAUUUAUAGCAGGUCCAGUAGGCUUUUGUAGUCUUCUCAAUGGACACGUCUUUGUUUCUUUUCUUUUUGUCAGACUCAAUGUACAUAUCUUAACUCUAUGCUAAUGAGAAAUAUCAUAGAAGUCGAUUGUC